CAGCAAGGGCACGGGCAAUGUGGGAUUUAAAAAUAAACAUUAGAUUCAUCAAAAUUAUUAGUGAAAACUUUGAAAAUGUUUAAUACAUCUAUGUAAUUUAAGAAAAAUGCCGCCGAAGCAAGCCAAGAAAACGCUGUGGGUCGAGUGCGAGCGGUGCCACUGCAGCAUUUUAACCAAUGAUAAAAAUGUACACAUGGAUUUGGAUUGCUCAAAAGAUCAAGUGAAAUGCCCUUAUGUUGACGAUGGCACAUUGUUUACCUGGUUGGAGAGAGCUAGUGCGCCUCCAGCGAACGUGCCAAGAGACGCAGUAUUGGUACAUCCAUCGGCUGGGACCCUGAUCGGUGCAGUGAUCGGAAAACCUUUGGAAUUGAAAAGGGAUGGCGCUCCGACGCUUGUGAAACGUAUGUGGCCAUCGAAGGCGUCCGCUCCCGCUGCUGUUAUAUUACCGGCUGCAGAUCUCACUGGAGCCUGGUGCAGUGACAGUAAGAAAGUUACUAUUUCCAUUCUAAAAGGAGUCGUUCCCCCAGCAUCAUUUGUUACAGUAAAAGUAAGAAACCACAAAAUUGACACAGAUAUAAGUGACAUCCUCAAAGAAAGGUUCAUUAAUCAUUACGUAAGCACAGACAGUGUGUUGGUAUAUUAUUAUUUCGGUAAAAAAUUGCAAAUUGAAUUCAUCAAUAUUAAACAUUCAGAAAUAACUGAAAACUUCAAUGGUACUUGGUACCUUUUAAGUGAAAAUACAGUUUGGAACAUAGAAAAGAAUGUUGAUAAAAAGGUGAACAAGAAACCGAUUGUAUUGGGUGGUGUGGAUGAUAUUAUUGAUGAAAUAAAAACACUAAUCAACAUUUCUUUUGACACAUAUGGAAUUGCAGCUAAUUUUCAACCGACAAGGGGACUAUUACUCCAUGGACAUUCUGGGAUCGGUAAAACAGCUAUUUGUAAAUAUUUAAUAGACAGUUGUUAUCACAUUGAAAUCAAUGGUCCUGCAAUAUUCAGCAAAUACUUUGGCGAGACUGAAGCUACAAUGAAAAGUUUGUUUGCUAAAGCAGUCACAAAUGAACCUUGUAUUAUUUUGGUUGAUGAAAUUGAAACAAUUUGUCCGCGACGUUCUGCCGGUAGCACGGAGCAGGAAAGACGCGUCACUUCGGCUUUUGUCUCUUUAUUAGAUAACCUACAUCAAGAAUCUAGUAAGGUAUUCGUUUUGGCAACAACUCGAAAACCAGAUGCGAUAGAUCCUAUGUUACGGCGAUUUGGACGUUUCGAUAAAGAGAUAGAAGUUCCAGUUCCUGAUAGAAUAAGGCGAAGAGAAAUUUUGUGUGCAUUACUUAAAAAUCUUCCUAACAAAGUCGCGUCGAAUGAAGUCGAGGCCAUUGCCGAUCUAGCCCACGGUUAUGUUGCAGCCGAUUUAGUUAAUUUGUGCACACAGGCUUCGCUUAAAUGUCUAAAGCGGAACAGCCCUGUUAUAGAGAAAGAGGAUUUGGUCAGUGCACUAACAGUAGUAAGGCCGAGUGCGAUGCGGGAGCUACUUAUCGAAAUACCGAAUGUCAGAUGGUCGGAUAUCGGCGGACAGGACGAUUUGAAGUUGAAGUUGCGUCAAGCGGUGGAAUGGCCGCUGAAACAUUCGGAAAGCUUUCGUCGGUUAGGAGUGCGAGCGCCUUCAGGUGUUCUACUUUACGGCCCCCCAGGCUGUUCGAAAACUAUGAUAGCGAAAGCGUUAGCAACUGAAAGUGGUCUGAAUUUCCUGUCAAUAAAAGGUCCUGAACUAUUUUCAAAAUGGGUGGGAGAGUCUGAACGCGCAGUGAGAGAUCUGUUUACUAAAGCGCGACAAGUAGCUCCUUCUAUCAUAUUCUUUGACGAAAUGGAUGCUAUAGGCGGCGAGAGAGGUGCGGGGGAAGCCAGCGUACACGAAAGGGUAUUAGCCCAACUUCUGACAGAAUUAGAUGGAGUUGUUCCACUGAAUGCAGUUACAAUUGUAGCAGCGACAAAUCGGCCUGAUAGAAUGGACAGAGCCUUGCUUCGUCCUGGUCGACUGGAUAGACUGAUAUACGUUCCUCUGCCGGAUUUCGAAACACGAUUGCAAGUUAUGGAGCUCAAAUUAGCUAAAAUGAGUGUCAGUGAUGAUGUGAAUCCCCACAGCUUAGCGACUAGGACUGAAGGAUUUUCGGGUGCGGAGUUAGAGGCAUUGUGCCACGAAGCAGCGUUACGGGCUUUAGAGAAAGAUCUGGAAUGUCAAGAAGUGACAAUGGAGCAUUUUGAACAUGUGCUAAAAGACUUCAAGCCUAGAACCUCUCAAUCAAUGCUGAAGGUUUAUGAGGAAUUUACUUGGGGACAAAGAUCUGGAUAAAAUAAUCAAUAUAACAUUUUCUUUCUCCAUAAUCACAACUGCGAAACAAAAGAUCAAGUUGCCAAAUAGUUGCAGUGCAUGAAUGACAAGAUGAAUAAAAAAAAAAAACUAAUCAGUGUUGAAAGUGAUGGUUUUGUAUGAGAAUUGAGCACAGAUAAUUUAAUUUAUUACAUAAAGUACUUUUUAUACAUUUGACAGUAUAAAGAAAACACAAUAUUUGUAUAACUAUUUAAUAUAGUAAGAAAACUUAUACACUAUUAUUUUUGUAUAUAAAUUAAGUAUGUAAUUCUAGUCCUUAUCUAUACAAAAUUAAAAACUCUACAUGAUAUACAUUUUUGAUUAGUCACUGAUUUUAAAUGAAUUUCGAGAUCACAGUAUAGAUAAAAAGUUUAAUGAGUUUGUUUACUACCAAUAUAUUAAUCAUAAAAUUAACUAAUGUCAAUAAUGAAUGAUUUGAUGGCUAAGCUAGAAGGUUCAACAGACAAAAUGAAUUAAUUCUACAGUAUCUAAAACUACGCGAAUUAUAAUCGACGUCGUUCUAAUGGUUAGGUAUGUAACAGAUAUCAUUUUUACCCAACUAAAGUUUAGUCUAUGACUCUUAAAACUACCCACAUUUUAUUAUUCAAGAAAAUUACUAUAUGUGAAGAAUAAGAGAAAAAUAAAUUAGCUUAUUAGAUUAUUAUUAAGAUGGCGUUUUAACCACAAUCAAAAAGUAAUGU